AUGACAGUCCCAAUCAAGAAUAGCUGCUCAUGGAUACUGAAGAAUAUCUUAAAACAGAGGGGUCAAGUGAAAGAGAUGCAACCAUGGAAGGACUUGGUAGAAAAUGAAAAGUUUAGUAUGAAGAAGUUUUACUACAAUUUUUUGAAACAUCAUCAGCAGAUUCCGUGGAGAAGACUGUUCUAUGAUAAUGCGGCCAGGCCGAGAGCCCUAUUUACCUUGUGGUUAGCUUGCCAUGAUAGACUUGCUACCAAGGCUAGAUUGAGAGAGUUCGGGAUUCUAACAAAUGAAGAAUGUACUUUUUGUGAUAAUGUGGAAACUCUACAACAUCUCUUCUUUGAUUGCAGGGUCACAAAGAACAUUUGGAGGAAUAUUCUGAAGUGGCUGAAUAUGGAUCACAACCCACAAGGAUGGGCGCAGGAACUAAACUGGGUGAUUGAGAAUAGCAAGAACAAGAGUUGGAAAGCAAAAAUCCUCAAGGUUGUUGUGGCAGAGACUUCUUAUGAGAUUUGGAAACAUAGGAAUGAUAGUAUUUUUGCAGGUAGUAUAAAGGAGAUGGAUAUAGAUAUAGAAAGAUGA